AUGACCGUCCACGACAAGGCUCUAGAGAUUUGCCAGCAGAGGAACUUCGUAGAGGAAACCGUCUUCCUGCUCAGCAGGAUGGGGAACUGCAGACGAGCCCUGCAGAUGAUCAUGGAGGAGCUGGCCGACGUGGACAAAGCCAUCGAGUUCGCCAAAGAGCAAGACGACGCCGAGCUCUGGGAAGAUCUCAUCUCGUACUCUAUCGACAAACCACCGUUCAUCACCGGCCUCCUCAAUAAUAUCGGAACCCACGUGGAUCCGAUCCUGCUCAUCCAUCGCAUUAAAGAAGGCAUGGAGAUCCCGAACCUCCGAGACUCACUAGUGAAAAUCCUGCAGGACUACAAUCUGCAGAUUCUGCUGAGGGAAGGAUGUAAGAAGAUCCUGGUGGCCGACUCGCUCUCUCUGCUUCAGAAGAUGCACCGAACGCAGAUGAGAGGAGUCAGAGUCGAUGAGGAGAACAUUUGUGAAUCCUGUCAUGCUACCAUAUUACCAUCAGAUAUGGCCAAAGCCUUCAGCGUGGUCGUGUUUCACUGCAGACACAUGUUUCAUAAAGAAUGUCUACCGUCCGCAGGAACAAUUCCUGGCGUGCAGUUCUGCAACAUCUGCAGUGCGAAGAAGCGCGGGCCAGGAAGUGGAAUCCUGGAGAUGAAAAAGUAACUCGCAGCAUUUAUUAUUAAUGCUUUUUAUCCUUUUUCCCCUGUUGCCCCCCUUGC